UACCGAAUGACGAAAACGGAAACGAGAAGGAGACCAAAAUAACACCGACGGAGCACCAUGGCUGCCCGAGGGAAAGUGGCAUCUUUCCGCCUACCUCCUCUGCCCACGAUAAGUGAGCUGAUAAAACUCUACAAACUGCGAGCCAAGAAGCAACUCUCACAGAACUUCCUCUUGGACCUGAGACUCACAGACAAAAUAGUCCGACAAGCAGGGGAUUUGACAGACGCCCACGUGUGCGAGGUGGGUCCAGGUCCUGGAGGACUGACGCGCUCCAUCCUCAACUCCGGGGUCAGAGACCUUCUUGUGGUAGAGAAAGAUUCCCGCUUUAUACCGGGACUAGAGCUGCUGUCAGAAGCAGCACCAGGGAAGAUGAGGAUCGUCCAAGGAGACAUUCUCAACUAUAGAAUAGACAGAGGGUUCCCCAAAACUGUCUCCAAGCCAUGGGAAGAAGAUCCGCCGAAUCUACACAUCAUUGGGAAUCUUCCCUUCAGCGUGUCGACCCCGCUCAUUAUCCAGUGGCUGGAGCACAUGGCCGACAGAACAGGGCCCUUUGCAUUUGGACGCACUCGACUCACUCUCACCUUUCAGAAAGAGGUUGCUGAGCGGUUGACGGCUAGCACGGGUAGCAAGCAAAGGAGCCGCCUGUCCAUUAUGGCGCAAUAUCUCUGCACCGUCCACAACCGUUUCAUCAUCCCAGGCCGGGCCUUCGUCCCCAAACCAGAGGUGGAUGUGGGAGUUGUUCACUUCACACCACUGGUUCAGCCCCAAAUCCAGCGUCCCUUCAAGAUGGUGGAGAAAGUGGUGAGAAACACUUUCCAGUUCCGCAGGAAGUCCUGCUAUAAAGGAGUAGAAAAGCUGUUCCCCGAGGCGGGUCGCGAGGAGCGGACCGGCGAGAUGCUGCAGAGGGCCGACGUGGACCCCACGUUACGGCCCACACAUCUCACCAUACCGCACUUUAAGGCGCUGGUGGAUGCGUACGCGGAGAUGUGCAGACGGGAACCCGCUUUGAUCCGCUACGAGUUCAGAGAGGAGCUCAGACUGAAGCAUUUAGGAAAGCGGGGAGAGCCGGUGGCGCUCAGUGACUGUGCUGAGAGAGAAAUCUGAAAAAGCCUUCACCAGACAACACGCUGCUCUGCGCCGUGACAUUUCCACCUGCCGCACACAUGCAUUUUUAAAACCUUCCCCCUGAGCGGAGGAGAAGCGCUGUACACAGAGGGAGAAGACGAGCAGAGGAUGAGGACCCUUCAGAGAACGUUUGAUUCGUGGAGUUCCUCACAAAAGCGUCUCUUAAGAACCACGCUCGCUGAUUACAAGCAUGAAAACCAACGCUCCUCUCUGCAGCCUUCCGGGACACGGAGGAGGAAAGUGGUGAGAAUUACCUUCUUUCUCCAGAGAGCUUUGAGAAGUUGACAGGUGUGGGUUGUUUUUUUUUUUUGUGGAAAAAGGUCCAUCAAACCAGUUCUAAAUCCCGAAUGUCAUCUUUUCUGACUACAAUAAAUGUUUUCUGAAGUGAUGUGUUUGUUCCUCUGCUCACAGUUUAUCCCAAGCGCGGGGGAUUUGAGGUGACAGAGAAGAGCCUCUGAAUUUGGAUCGAAUUGUUGUCACCCCCUCCGACAAAAUACAGUGUUUGCCUUGUUUAGUGGGAGUUCAAUAAACUACAAACUUGAGUAUUUUGUGGUCAUCGUGUUGUCAAGCUAAAUACAGUGACCUGUAGCUGCGCUGACUUCCCGCUAGCAAGUCCAGCAUUGUCAGAGCUUCAUGUAGCGUUGUUGCUAUCAUGCUCGUGUAGCUCAGAAAAUUGUUCCGUGAUUUUGUUGCUUUGUGUCAUGUCAGUGUGCGCUCGCUGUAUUUUUGAAGAAAAGAACACACAAGUCCACCGGACCAGAAGUCACAUUUUUGGAGGGAAAUUAUUUUACCAGUGUGUGAAGCGCUAACAACACGAAGGUCCUCAAUGCUUCUGGAUUUAACUGAGUUUAAACAGAAUUUAGCAAGGAAGUAAAGGCAGACUUUAUUUUAUUUAUCACAACGAUGACAGGUAAAGUACUUGCUUUUAAUGAUGAGAAGUAAAUAAAUAUCACUCUUCUGCUGCCGCUCUCACCGCCAGGUGUCCGAGUUGUUCCUGUCAUAUUGUUAUUGUGCUGUUUCUCGCUGGGAAUUUUCCAUGUAAAAACACCAUGAUAGUGUCUCAUCUAUGGUACGUGUUAUUGUGCCGCUUAUUCCUGUGUGAUCACAAGACAUUUCUGUAUUGGAGAGCGAAUCAAGAUGUAAGGUUUACUCCUUGAUCAUGUCAGUCAGCGUCGAAUGACAUUUAGAUGAAUUUAUAUCUUUUCAAAUGUACACGGUGCAUAAGUAGUAUAAGUCACAGUACCUAUAGAACUGUGCCUUACUGACCCGAAAAUACGGCACAUUGUUAUUUGGCAGUUGAAAAUGAAAGAAGCUCAAUUUUUUUUUAAAUUUGUUUGUUUGAACGGAAGCUAAAAUGCGAAUGAUCCAUGCCGCUUUAUGUCCAUCCUAAUGCUGAGACGAAACAUCGGGAAUGUGGUCAUAUCUGAUCCUGUUUCACUGUUUUUACUGUUUCCUCAUUUCAACCAAUCGCUGUUGCUAACAUGUAUGUAUAUAUAUAUGUAUAUAUAUAUGUAUAUAUAUAUAAUUCAAACAAAAAAACCUAGUAUUUCAGCUUUGUAUGCGCAAUAGCCACAUAAGGAAGAAUUGUGAUUUAUACAUGACUGUUUUAGCUCAAACUAAAGGCCACUGUGAUGUUUUUAUUGCGCACAUCUGUGUUGAAAUAAAUCAGGGAAUUCAAAUGAUUAUGAGAAGGUUCCUAGCUGUACUGCUAACAUUCACUUCUUUGGUCUCCUUUUAGCUGUGACAACAGUUUCGACAGUUUAAUUUUGAGUUGACAUCUUGCAGACAUGAUGUAUACAUUUGUCCAGCGUGGGCAGCGAGCUAACCCUAGUCUAUUGCUAAUCCCGCUACAAUGCUAAUGUGACUACGCAGCUAAUAUUGCUGAUGCUACUGUAACACAUAUUCAAGCAACAAAGUUACUAAACCUAAAAUGUUAAAUUAGCUGCUGAAGACAAACUAAUAUGCUAGCUAAUACGGCUAGCAGCAGCUCGCAUGGCUCAGGACAAACGUUCCAACUGAAGUGCGAGAUUCAAAUGUGACUUGCACACUGAAUCUUAAACUACCCUUCAGUGUGUUAAGACAUUCUGUGAGUCCUUGCGAUGCUAGCACCUGGCAAGCUAAAUCAAGGCGCUACCUCGCUGAGGCUCUGCUUCUCUGGUCAAUAUCAGCGCGCAUUAUCGCCGUCAUGAGCAGCCGGUGCCGCUUCCUGCCAGGGUGGCAGAUGGCGUGCGCGGGUUGAUUCGCCAGCGGCAGAAGUCGCUCAGUUUUGAUGAUUGGUGGGCGUUAAUCUGCGACUACAAGCAGAUUUCAUCAUUUCUACAAGGCAGAUUAAGAAAGCUGGACUUCCAGUUUGGCAGCGAAAAACAAUCCUGGGGUUGUGAGCAAGUGUGCAGCGUUUUGUGCUGUAGGGGAAGAAAACUUGGAUUUUCUGAGUGAGUCUUGUCGAGCUAUGAAUGAGUUGAGCUUGCUCCUGACUUGUUGUCACUUGAAUGUAUCUGUGGAGUCACGACAUGACUCAAUGAGGACGCCACAGUCUGACACGGACACAGUGAGCAGCAUGAGAUGAGAUACUGAACUUGUGUUGUUGUCUCUUAAUACACAAAAAUUGAAUAUACAAUGAAAUGUUUUCUUACGUUAAGUUAUUUGAGUAAAGAAAGGUGCUUUUUAAGAUAGGUUGCUUAUGUGCUAAUAAGAGUCUACUUCCUGCUGAGAGGUGGUGACACAAGAAAAUGUUCAACAAAAAUUGACAUAAGAAUAUAUUUCUAUGAUUUUGUUUAUGUUUUGUUGCCAAGCUACAACUGAUAUUGUUUGCACUUCUCAGUCGGGUUUCGCCAUUUUCCUCUGUUUAUCGUUGAGUUGUGAGUUACAUUGUCAGGCUAGCUGGCAGACUUGUGGAAGCAGCCUUCUGUAUCAGCAUGUCUUUAGCAUUUAGCAUGUCCUUGCUAUUUCAGAUCACUAAAUCACUAAAACCUAGAUUUGGGCAAAAAAAUCAAGCGAUCGAACUCAGUGUUGUUCAGUGUGGCUGGAUCAUCCUUGCAUCAGAUAUGUUUUCCAGCCCAACUUUUCAACCCGUGCCUCCCAUUGGGUCCUUCUCUUUGUCUAAAACUUAUCCCUCAGCAAUGUAAUCGUGAGUUUUGAAAAUGCUAAUAGUAUCUGGAAACCCCACUUUGCUUGAAUGCUAACCGACUUGAAAGGAUUGAGCGCCUCAAAAAAACUCAAGAAAAAUCUGUAUAUUUGUUUAUGAAAAUGUGCUACUCUCGCUAAAGCUAACACCUAGCGGCUAUUAUCGCUAAGAUGUAUAUGUAGCGACGUGUCGGUUCCAGCUCCUCGUCACAACCGCGUCCCACUUCUGUCAAACUAGUGAAACCUCUGGAGACGUUGCUCCCGAUACCGUGACAGCUAAUCGGGAAGUGGCGGGAAUUCUCGCCUGGGGACGAAGCGGAAGAUAAGACGCUUAACUGCGCUACCCGUCACCGCACCUGAAGCCAAAGCGACAGACUUUGAAGAACAAGCCUCACUCCACACUUUCACAGAUCCAACUUUUAUUCAUAAAACGACUCCAGAAGAGAGAAGCGUUCACAUUCAUUGGUUUCUAGCGUCCAGCAGAAAAUUCUUAAAAAAAAAAAAAAAAAAAAAAAAAAGCUUUGAGAACCAACAUUUACAAAAAUAUCUUCUUCUAUCAUCAAGUAUAAAGUCGGUAGAAAUGUACUAGCAGAAGAGAUCAGAGAUUUUUGCAAAGUGAAUGCGGCUGAGACUGGUGUGAAGACCACUCUAGACUUUCGAAAGAAAGGUUUAAAGGGUACUACUGCAUUCAUGUGGUGUAAAACUUAUACUUUGAUUUUUGUCACUCAGUUACAGGUGUAUUUUUAAAUGUAAAUAUGCAACAAAGAACUUGAAAUGAGUAAAGAUCCUCAGCAGCGUCGACACAUCUCAGCACUCAGACCUGAAGAAGCAGUUGCCGACAAAAGCAACCGACUAAAUUGAUAACAAUGUGAUCUGCAUCUUUUGUAUCUGAACCUUUAAUGUUCAAGCAUUUACCCAAGAAUAUACACAACCUAGAAAUAAAUUAGUGUGUCAAUAACAUUAAAAACUGUACAAAACGUUCAGGCAGACAGUGUAACGUUAGUGCAGAAGGUGCAGCGAGGUGGUGGACUGUAGCCAGUGUCGGCGGGUGGAACGUUCCGCGGCUCUGAGGGCCACAACUUCCCAGACUGCUGCUCCCAAAAUAACCGCUUUGGAUGUCAUCUCCACCCUUUUAAGGAUUGAAAGAUUCAGAAAGGCACAGAGUCACUUCAUCAGCGGGGUGGAAAGAUCACUGUCCGCUCACACGCUUGCGCUAUUUCAACUUGAAAUUCUGCUGAAACAGCGUUGAUCCCGAUGUGAACAGUGACGUGCUAUGACGCCGGACCACUAGCUGAGCCCGCCUGCUCGUAAAAACAGUCUUCAUUGACCACCGAAGUCAAACUCUGGACGCUGAACUCGCGCUCCAGCAGGUCGUUCAAGUCCACCGCAGCCACCUCCGCUGCGCUGUGCUCCUUUGUGUUGGACAGCGCCCCCUGGUUCCUCCUGGAGUUGCUGCCUUUCCUCCGGAUGGUGCUGAAAUGACCACGCUGCAGUCUGGGGGUGUCGUCUUCGCCCCCCUCCGGCUCCACACAGGGAGCGACGGGAUCGUCCGAGAGCUUCAGCAGCAGCAGCUGCGUGUCGAUGCUGCUGGUGGGGGAGCUGCUGCCCCCGCUGGUCGCCCGUGUGCCACCCGGCUCACUGAAGCCGUCGUCGUCUUCGUCGCUCAAGAUGUCCGACUCCUUCACUGACGGCGGCUGAGCGCCGCAGACGGGGGACGCGUGAGAAUCGGCCGACAGCGCGGGAGCCCCAGACGAACUGUAGGUGCCGCUGCUGAGGCUGCUCUCGUCGGAGUCGACGGCGAGUUUGGAACUCGGAGCGGGAAGAUCUGCCAGAGGCUGCUUGCACAACCAGGACACUCUGGAGGAACCUGGAGGAGGGCAGCAACGGGUCAGGUGCUUGGUGAGCCUGCAGCCACUGUGAAGGCUUUUGUGUGCACGGUGUGGAAUUGUAUUGGUGUUCAUCGAGUGUGCACUCGA